AAUUAGUGUGGCAGUCUUCUAAACUAGCUCCGUUAGUUUGAAAGUUCGGAUGCGUCAUAUCUGAUCCAUUAUUAGAGGAAUUUCUUCGCAACACAUAAAAGCAACACUUCACGGCACCGAAAUCUCAAAGCCACAUUCGAAAACCUUUUACAUUUACACCAGAGAUUUUCACCUUUCUAUCGCAACUGCAAAAUGGCGGCGACCACGAAACAACAAGCCGAACUGAAAUCGGCCUCUCCGUACGAUACACGAAAACUCACGGAUUCCCGAGCUCGGACGUACGUCGGCUAUCGCACCGUCAGCGCACCAUUCGAUUCGCGUACGUCUCGGCUGAGUUCGCGCGCAUAUCCAGUGUCGAAAAAUAUGGCAGCGUUACUAAGGCAUGCCGUUUUCAAAACACGAAUCGUCCCUUCGAAAAACGUCCUUUCCAGUCCGUUCGCCACCAAAGCUGAAAAGAGGAAGGGGAUCGACAGGAAACCCGUCCCGAAAAUAGACUCCACGGCACAAUCUUUGGCUGCUAAAGGAUUCUUGCGACCACAAAGGGAAUACGUUCCGCCUCAGGAUGUCGACGAGAAAUUAUCUAGCAUAUUUAAAUCUGUUGUGGGUGAUACGAAGGAUUCGACAAGAAUCGCGGAUUUGAAUCAAAAGUUCAAUAUAUUCGUGCAAUGCGAACAACAGCUCAAUCACAAUGUUCCCAGUUCCUUGUUGCACCUAUUCAAUACUUUGGGGGACGUCAGGGUUUUCUUUAAGACGCCGGUAGACGUCAGGACGCCUUUGGAUAGGCUAAAGGACAUGAAUUUACCAGAGAAUUUGCACGUUCAAUAUGAAUACCAUAGAUUCCAUCCAGACACUGACAAAUUGUUUAAUGGAGUAACAGCGUUCCCUAAGAGUUCAACAAUCGUCACUGGAUUGAAAUAUAAAGAUAAAUACCCUGGGCACAAACAAGAAGAUCCGUUAUUUUAAUGUUUAAUAUCUAAUUUAAUUAUGUUAUUGAUUUAAUUUUUACUGUAAAAUACACGUUACAAUCAAAUAAAACCAAAAUUUACUCUUAAAUCUGUUUCUUUAAUAUAGGCAACACGAUUUACACAAAUUGUUGCAUGUAUAAGAUGUUGCCUAUAUUUUAAAUUUACCUUACAAUUAGAAAUAAAAAGUAAUUAAAAACCUAUACUAAAUGGGAAUUGCCAAAGCGUCGUUUACAUCUUGACUCAGUUGGGUUUGUAAAUUGGACAAUUUUUCUUUGAGCAUCGCCACUCCCAUAAUGACAAUAUUUUCCGGUUUAAGCAAACCUGCGGAUUCAACAUUAAAGAAGAACUUGUUAGGUUUCAGCUCCC